AAAUUUCAAGCCUGCAAAACGGGGAGCGCCUGCCUGAAGAAAUACUGGUGAGAUCCUUUAACAGAUUCCCUGCUUUGAUGUUGCAGCAACCAAGGUGAAAAGGGGUAGGAGUUUGGUGUUAGGAGAAUGGAUGUUGUCUCCAGAAAGGAGGAGGAGCACCGAGAAAGUGGGGGAGCGGAAAGAAUGAAGCAGCAGCUGGGGCCUAAGCUGAACUGUUUCCAAUGCAGUCAAACUCAGUACCUUUCGUAACCGAAGCCUCUUCCCGAUCACGCAUGGCGCAUCUAUCUGCAAUGACGCGAAAACCAACAGAUUCUUAGCAUUAGAAUAUUGCCAUGCUUAACCUCCCCCUCUAUUUUUUCCUUCUGGUUGGUGGGGCUGCUCACCUUCUUUUGGUCAGGUCUUGAGCCGCGGCAGCGAUACCAGCAAACCAACCAACCAUCUUCCACUGAUGCUGUUGAAUGCUGCUUCUGCUGCUCUUGCUGCUGCUGCUGUUCCACCAAAGGGAUCUGCUAUCCUUAUCACUCACGACGAGUUUACUUCGUUGCCCUCGCUUUUAGUCCUUAAGAUAGACAAAGUUUAAAGCUACCUACCAAUCAAAAGUCUUAUGGCUAAUUUCCCCUUAACAGAAAAACCGGGAGUUUGGUUGUGCAUUUUGCUUGGUGAGCAGCAGCUCCACGUUAAUGACCAAUAGAAGACGUUCAUGCCGCUGCCGUAAUCUUUCUAUGUUAUGUCACACAAGCUAAAGCGAUAAGCCAACUUAUUGAUUCAAUAGGUAAUAAGUUAGAUAGUCUUAAGAACCGCGCUUGUUCAUGACGCAUUGUCUGUAAACGAGUCGAACGGCAUAAAGAAAUGGUUGUUGGAAUCAAUGGUAUUCCACUAAAGCCAUUUGAGAACUCAAGGGGCCUUUCGGAAUUUCGUGCGCAGAGCAGAGGAGGAGUCCCCUUGUGUUUUUUUAAAAGCACAGUUGAUCGAAGAGCCGAGGUCCACGCCUCCAAUGGAAAAAUCCCCACUAUAGUUGAAAGCCCCAUUUGGCCAAACCUCACCGCAUUUGUGUACUUCCCCCGCUUCCCAAUUACACUUUUAAAAGCGGCCUCGGAAGCAAAGCCCGAAGCAGAGAAAAGCACAAGGAAGAGUGCGUCUUGGUUCUGUUUCUUUCUUCGUUUCUUCGACUGCAUUGUGUGAAGAAGAGAGGAGAGAUAGGGAGUGGAUCAUGGCAGCGGUGGAUCAAUCAUCUUCUUCAUCAAGGCGGUAUUUUGAUUGGUACCCACUUGAGGAGACGGCCAUAGACACCGAACCGGCGGUUGCCCUCCUGCCCUCUGACUUCCACCACUCAUUCGACGCCCUUAGCGUGAGCGAAGACGGCGAUGACACUCUGGCGUUGAGGCCUCUGAUGAGGCGGCCGACGCCGAAGAAGAAGGUAAGGAAGGUCCUGAAAUCUGUGAUCAACAGCGUCAUCUCCUGCAACAGGCACCCUUCCUCCUUGGACCACCCUACCCUGGGAAGCAGGGUCAUCGGCACCCUCUUUGGCUACCGCAAGGGCCACGUCCAUUUCGCCUUCCAGAGCGACCCCGGCUCGAUACCCGCCCUGCUCGUAGAGCUAGCCACGCCGACGUGCUGCCUCGUCAAGGAGAUGGCUUCCGGUCUGGUAAGGAUCGCGCUCGAGUGCGAGCGCGAGCGCAGUGGGUGCGGGGGCCAGAAGGGUCGCAGCAGAGGGAGGCCGCUGCUGCAGGAGCCGGUCUGGAGGACUUACUGCAAUGGCAGGAAGAGUGGGUACGCCGUGGCGAGGGAGUGCACGAUGGGGGACAUGAGGGUGCUAAGGUCGGUGCAGGCCAUCACCAUGGGUGCAGGGGUGCUGCCUGGUUCAGGGCCAGAAGGUGAGCUCAUGUACAUGAGAGCGCGGUUCGAGAGGGUGGUGGGCUCGAGGGACUCGGAAGCGUUCUACAUGAUAAACCCCGAUGGGACAGGCGGACCCGAGCUCAGCAUCUUUCUCCUCAGAGUCUGAGUCCGAUACUUCCUCCCUGUGACAGUAUAUCUAAUGUUUAAUGUUUAGAUGGAGGGAAAAGGAGAGGAUACUCAUGGAUGGAAAGGAAAAAAAUUCUACCAUGUUUUAUUUAUUCCUUUUUUUUUUUUUCAUUGCUUUGUUGGUGGCCUUCUUUCUAGUUCUUCGCGAUAGAGAAUCAUAGAUUGACUUCUAAAUAGAGCUGUAUUUGGUAUCUAAUGGACGACGUGUUGUUUGAACUUUGAACGAAACUUAAACUAGGAGGGAAGGUAAUCUUGAUAGAAGAAAGAUUGCGGGGAUCGAAGAUUGUAAGAGCUAGUACUUGAGAAAUGGAAAUGACCUUUCUUCA